AUGGAGGUCUUUCUGCACAAUCUUCCGAUUCACCUCAGCGAGGAUAAACUCAAGGAUCUAUUGGACCCGUUCUUGAAGCGCCUUCACGUUGCAGACUACCUGUGCGAGAAACCGAAAAGGAAACAGAUUGGAAAUGUCACUUUCUUGAAUCGAAUCGACGGGGAGAACUUCCUCAAGACCUAUGGGGAGGAAAAAAUAUGCACGGGACAACAUAAACAUACACGCCAUUGCUUCAUGUCUAAUCUGAAUUUGAUAGGAGUAGGUGUCUUCUGCAAGCUCAGCAAUCGCGACCCACAGCCCUUCGCCCUCAAGUCUCUGGCCCUGGAGGCCGAGCAACGUGAGAACCGUUCAUUGCCAAGCAUUGAUAAUCAGGGCCCUGUAACUCUGCUGUACCUACUGGACUCUAGCUGUGGAUACUGCACCUUUGCUGAUGACCACUUGGUGUAUGUUCCUGAGGUCCGGUGGCCCGGAGCAGGAACUCUCAAGUUCACGAAGAGGAGCAUUAUCGCUAAAAUUAAUGGCGAAUUCAUCAUCAGCAUACCCAUCAGCACGGUCAUUGAGUUGGUCUGGUUUAGCAACGGUUCUUUAACUUUCACACUGUCGACCGUGCCGCAAUUUUUCUCGACGAACGACCCGCUCGCUAGUAUCUUGGGAGCCCUCAGCAUCGGUGCCAAAGGUAGCUUUUCCCCAGCAGACAGAAACCGAUUAUGCUCGCUAGGAAACAGGCAUGCCGAUGUUGUUGGACAAUGUCUUGUUUACCAGUUCAUUGUUCCUCUAAUGGAUCUCCCAAAGUGGAUCGCCGAGAUCAAGAGCUUGGAAAUAACCGUCGUUAGGUAUGAUCUCUCUAUGAGCAAGGCAAUCUCGGUGAAGACUGGGUUAUUUCACUUGCAACUCGUCUGCCUCAAGAAAAUGCUUGCGGAAUUCACCAGGGAAGGUUCCCUACCCUUCGAGAUCUUGUUCCAAUUGCAGGCUCUUGCAUAUAAUGCAUACCUUCAUCCUGCCACAGUCCUUGGCCUUGCAGCAGAGCUACAACUCAUGUUCAAGAAAAGCAGGGAAGCUGGUAAAAGGCCCUUGUCUUCCCAUUCCAUCCAAAAGAUGUUCGACAUGAUUGACUGGCCACGUCCAUUUGGAGACCCAGCCGAGUUUGAAGUCAAAGGACUUGUCGAGCUGCUAAAGCAGAAUGAACAGGAAAUCCAAGAUGGCUUUUCCCUGAGGCGUGGUCUCUUCGAUGCCAGCGGGAAUAUGGCGCGAAUCUUCCGAGUCAUGGUUACGCCUUCGAGAAUCACUUUGCAUGGGCCGGAGUUGGAACCCAAUAAUCGCAUUCUGCGAAAGUUCCCUAACCACCAUGACUACUUCAUUCGAGUGCAAUUUUGUGACGAGAAUGGACAAGAUGUGCACUUCAACCCCCGUGUGAACAAUGAUUACAUAUCUUCCAGGUUCAAGUAUAUCCUGGCCAAUGGAAUAGAGAUUGCCGGGCGUACCUAUACGUUUCUGGGUUUCUCUCACUCCUCACUGAGGUCUCAUUCAGCUUGGUUCUCCGCUCCAUUCUUCGACGACGAUGGCCAUCUGCAGACUUACUUCACCAUAAUCACGGCUGUCGGUCGGUUCUCCAAUUUCACCUCACCAGCGAGAUGUGCCGCCAGAAUCGGACAGGCCUUCUCUGAUACACCUUUUGCGGUCGAUAUCCGCCAAAACAGAAUUCGUGUUACUGAAAUACCUGACGUGAUGUCGUCUGAUGGCAAACGCACAUUUAGUGAUGGGGUCGGAACUAUCUCGUGGGAUGCGGUAGAAGCUAUUUGGUCUAACAUCUCCUCUUCGAAAGGAUCCCCUACUAGUUUUCAGAUUCGCCUCGGCGGUGCCAAAGGAAUGCUAGCCCUAGACAGUCGACUGCCUGGCACGGUCAUACAAGUUCGCCCGUCGAUGGUAAAGUUUCCCACCGACGAUAUGAAGAACCUGGAGAUCUGCAACAUGGCAUCAAAGCCAAUGCCACUUGUUUUGAACCGGCAAGUGAUCAAAAUAAUGGAAGAUAUGGGUGUGCCAGAGAGCUGGUUCAGUGCGCUGCAGGACGUUCAAGUCAACUAUCUGCGGACCAUCACUUCCACCCCUCUCAAAACAGCUCGCUUCAUCAAAAGGCAGAAUGUCGGCGAUUCCAUCCGACUCAAUAGACUGUUUCGCCGAUUGUGCUCCCUGGGACUUGACUACAAGGACGAUGUGUUUCUCCGAUCGGUCGUGGAGGCGGUCGUCCUUCGAGAGCUGCGCUUGCUGAAACACAAGGCUCGCAUACCGGUGGAAAAGGGUAUGGCACUAUUUGGUGUUAUGGAUGAGACAGGCUACUUGCAAGAAAACCAAGUCUUUGUUACAUACGAAUCCUUGAGGGAUCGGUAUGCCGCACCACCGGGACCAUGCCGGCUCCUUGUUACUCGGUGUCCGGCUUUGUUCGAUGGUGACGUACAAUUCGUUGACAAUGUUGUCCCGCCCGAAGAUCACCCAUUGAGAGAACACGCAAACUGCAUUGUCUUCAGUCAGCGGGGCAGGCGAGACUUACCCAGUCAGCUUAGUGGGGGAGAUUUGGAUGGUGACCUCUAUCAUGUCAUAUGGGACGAAGCGGCCACCCCACGGCGUGUCUUCAAGCCUGCUGAUUAUCCACGGAUAGGACCUUUUGACAUCGGGCGCCAGGUGGAAAGAAAAGAUAUGGCAAAUUUCUUUGUCGAUUUCAUGAAUUCUGAUCGCCUAGGCGUCAUAGCGACACGGCAUAUGAUCUUGGCAGACCAGAUGAGCGAGGGAACCCGCCAUCCGGACUGCAAAGUACUGGCGGAGUUGCACUCGACUGCAGUUGAUUUCUCAAAAACCGGGAUCCCAGUAGAAAUGAAUCAACUACCCAAGGCAGUACGCUACAGACCAGAUUUUAUGGCACCCGGCCCAAUGGCAUGCAUCGUAGAUAAAUCGAUCAUAGAGCUUGAGUCUUCAAACUCCCAAUUACAUCACGAUGAAGACGAAGAUUCGGUCCCGGUAUACAAAUACUACAAAUCACAUAAAAUUCUGGGGAAGUUGUAUAGGGCCAUCGACGAAGAGAAGAUCUGGAAUGACAACGUCCGUGUCAAACGAAGUCCGCAGAGUGAAGCAUUCUGGGAACAGCUUCUCCGUUUCUCAGACGAGCAAUGCCUCGCUUUUGGACCGGUCAAGUGGAUACAACGCUCCGAUGAAGCAAGCCACAUUCGAUCAGCAUACGAAGACGCACUAUUCUCCGCAAUGAACAACUUCUCCGAGCAUCCCAUCCACCCGCUCAGCGAAAUCGAGGUCUUCACAGGCCACAUAUUCAACAAAACAGGAGUGCAGACCCACCGCCAGCGCGAGCGCUCCAUCAAGCUGAAAGACGAAUUCGGACGGAUCGCCUCAUGGAUAAUGGGCCUCCUGCGCCGCCACGGCAACAACAUCGUUCCUCUCACGGGCUACGAAACCGAGCUCGACGCCCUGGAACUGUGCCUCGCCUGCGUCCACAUCGGCUGCGAGCGGGUCCAGCCCGCGACGUCGCGCACUGGCAAGGAACUCCAGAGCUUCAAGGUCGUGGCGAUGUGCGCUUUGUUAGCUGAGCUGGAGCUCUUCAAGAAGGGCCAAAAGAGUGGUGGGUUUGUUGGAGUUCGUUAAACUACAAGUCAUGGAUACAGC